CGGCUGCCUGCAGUGGACUGACGAUUAGAGCGCGUGCGCAGUAUAAAGCUCCGCUCGCCCCGGGGGCGCGGCUCCAGUGUGCCUGCCCCUUGUUCCUAUCGCGUGGUGCGACCCCGGGAUCCCCUCGUGCUCCCCUGUCCCCCUCCGCCGCCCUGAGCGGAGGGACCCCGCAGAUCCCAUCGAAAUUCACGGCCGCAUCCAGGUCGGCCCUCCCCCGGCUCCCGGCGGCGACCAAUUCUCCCCCUGUUAUCGUUUCUCCUACCCUUCAUGAUGUUUAGAUAAUCAGCGGUGCUGGGUUUUAGCCCUGUUUUGAAAUCUUAAAUCCUGCUAAGGAUUCAGUCUUAGCCGUGAAGGAUGAAUGGCUCAAAUGGUUCCCAAGAGCAUCAUGUCAAUGGAGAGGAGGGAGUGCAUCAUGUUAGCCGGCCCAUUCUGAACAAUGGACCAAAGCACCGUCCAUUGACCCUCAUGAGGCGUUGCCGUGGUGUAGCAUGUGUAGCGAUUAUACUGUCAACAGCAUUCUUAUUGAUAGUCUACUUGGCCCCUAUAACUACUUUUGUUGUGCGGCUGUUCAGCGUGCAUUACAGCCGAAAGGCGACUUCCAUUCUGUUUGGAAUUUGGUUAUCUUUAUGGCCAUUCUUGUUUGAGAAGAUAAACAAAACCAAGGUUGUCUUCUCUGGUGAAAAUGUGACUCCAAAAAGGCGUGUAUUGUUAUUUGCUAACCACAGGACUGAAGUUGACUGGAUGUACUUGUGGGAUCUUGCACUGCGGAAAGGCUAUUUAGGAUAUAUCAAGUACAUACUUAAGAGCAGCUUGAUGAAGUUACCUAUUUUUAGCUGGGCAUUUCACAUUUUCGAGUUUAUCCCGGUAGAACGGAAAUGGGAGAUUGAUGAAGCAAUUAUCCAGAACAAAUUAUCAACAUUUAAGAACCCCAGAGAUCCUAUCUGGUUGGCGGUUUUUCCUGAAGGCACAGAUUAUACUGAGAAGAAAUGCAUCAAGAGCCAAGAGUACGCUUCAGAGCAUGGUUUACCUAAGCUAGAACAUGUCCUCCUUCCGAAGACAAAGGGGUUCAUUUGUUGCUUGCAACAGCUGAGAUGUUCCUUAGAUGCAGUCUACGAUGUCACAAUCGCAUACAAGCAUCGACUGCCAGAUUUUCUGGACAACGUUUAUGGCGUUGAUCCCUCUGAAGUCCACAUCCACAUCAGGACGGUUCAGCUCUCUGACAUCCCCACAUCGGAGGACGAAAUAACUGAAUGGAUGAUAGAGAGGUUCAGGCAGAAGGACCAGCUCCUGUCAGAUUUUCUCGCGAAGGGCCACUUCCCUGAUGAAGGAACUGAAGGAGAUCUAUCCACACCGAAGUGCCUAGCAAACUUUUUCACCAUAGUCGGCUUGACGGGCAUCUGCCUCUACCUAACUCUUUGCUCAUCUGUGUGGUUCAAGGUAUAUGUCGUAGCGAGCUGCGCUUACCUUUCCUUUAUUACCUAUUACUCCAUACUACCACCACAACUGGUAGGCUCACCGGAGGGUGCCAAAAAGGCUGUGUAGAAGAUGAUGUAGCUUUUGACUGAAAACUGUAUAUCCGCCAAAGAUGCUUACUGCUGGAAGUCAUGGCGUGUGCCAUCUUAAGGUUUCCGUUCUUCUGUAAAGCGAUGAUAUGUGUAUGGAGAAAUUUUCUGGUGGUUCAUCAGUGUAGGAGUAGGACUAUUAUCUCAAGGCGGUGAAACGCGCUGUGAGCUAGAGAUUGAACAUUGACAUGAUACUGGACGGAGCUAAUUUUCAUCCGCAGUUUCAUCAUA